CCUCCAACGUCUUCCGCUCCCACUUCUUCCUACAGUCUUCGCAGUCGAAACAAGAGCAGGCUUGUAUACGAUGCAAAGUAUCAUCCUAUGGACAAUGCCAUUCAGCCAACGCAAGCGGCAAGGCGUUGCUCAGCUUACGGAGAGAAAGAAGUCUGUGUCGAUGCAGAUGACGAAAGUGAAGAUGCUGCGGCCGUCUAUACUGAUGCAGAAGAGUCGAGCGAUGAACACAGUGAGGCUGAGGAAGAACCAAAACAUGGUGCAAAGACCAAGACGCGCAAAGUCACUCGAUCACGACUACUGUCAGUUGAACCGACUCGUCGCUCUCCUCGCAAAGUGUCGGGUCCGAAAAUUUCGUACGAUAUGAAUGUGCAUCCUCAAGACGAGUUUCUGGCUGUGACUAGUGAAGAGGAAGAGAUUGUGCCUAGGAAGAAAAAGAAACGUUCACAUGUUGUAGAUAAUACGGACUCGGAUGAUGGAAUUGUGGUAUUCAAACCAGAGCCUCGAAAAUAUGCUGAUUAUGUCGAAAAUUCCACAUCUGAUGAGAUGGAGUUUGAUAGCGGAAGUACUAUUCCAAGGAUAGAGAUGGGCAGUGAUUCUAUCACGAUUGCUGAAAGUUCGAUUACAUCUCCAGUAGCUGCCAACCCGCAAAACUGUAUCAAACGUAGGGACAGUAUCGACUCACUACACUUGUCCCCGGGAAAAAGAUGUUUUCGCCACGACAAAGAUGCCUGGCCAGUCUCAUCAGGUCAGCCUUUUACCAUCUUCAACGAGAAGCUUGCGGACCAGCUAGCUCGUGAGGCACACACUGCUUCGCCGCUCAACUACGAACAUGACGACAAAGAGAACGCGACCGACAAUGACAACAUAGAUAUGGAUCCUCUUUCCUCGGCAAAUACAGGUGUCUCAAUCAUUCCUGAAGCACAGUAUAGGCCGACAAGCGAAGAUUGCGAGUUAUCGAAUCACCGCGCUCUGAUCAGUUACGCUCUCUAUGACGAUCCUCAUCCGCAGACUUACGGUCUUGACGGAACUCACGGUAUCGGUUCGGAGGAGAUGAAAGUAUUUUCCGAAAGCAUGAGUAUACUUGCGUCUGGUAGGGGUCUGCCUCAUGGGAAGAGCGAGGAGUGA